AUGGACCAUAGGGUAUCGACUGCUCUGCUCUCCUUCCACAGGAUCGCUGACACAUGCUCGUCCGCGGCUAAGUUUCUCGGCAUCGCCAAGGACACUCUGCAGCAGCUCAACACCGGUGUUAGCUGCUCCUCUCCCUUGCUUGCGUUCCGCUCUCUCUGUGUGGAGCGCGACCCAGCGGCCAGGCCGAGCUGUGAGAAUACGAUAGAGAUUGGCAGCAGGGUGGACUUCAAGCAGGUGGUGGCAUCCCAUGGAGCCACCAUGCUGGACCUCUACAGGCUCAACCCCUGGAUCUCCUUCCGCGAUUCCCUGCGCGACACUGAUAGGGUAAUCGACUGA